AUGACGUCAGUUGUUCGAAACCAACCGAGAGCAUUUUAUCAGCAUGAUAUAGGAAGGGAAUGGAACAGUGGACUUUUUAACUGCCUUGAUGACGUUCCGUCAUGUUGGAUGGCCACACUGUUUCCACCCUGUUUUUUGUGUUACCUGUAUGACUCAGCAAGAGAAGCGUGCUGGUUACCCGUGGUUGGUUCAUUCGUAGCUCCGCUACGUGUUAGAAUUCGGACUCAACAUAACAUUAAAGGUACACUGUUUGACGAUUACUGCGACACAUGCUUUUGUCCAUGUUUGGUAAUGUGUCAACUUAAACGAGAAAUUGACUACCUAAAAGCUAAUGGUGUACGAAUUUAA